AUGGAGACCUCAUUAAAGGCUCUCCUUGGCACCCAGGCGAGGCAAGUGCCAGCUCGCCGGCAGCUCCGGGCACUGACCCCGGGGUUUGCCCCAGCAGGCCCAGCAGCAGCUGCGGGGACCAGCCUGGGCACGGCCUGGCCUUUGAAAGGCUGCUUCAGGGCUGCAGUCCCAGGCAGCGUCCCCAGCUGGCUUCCUGCCACCCGCAGCCUCCUCAGGGUGGGGGUCGGCUGUGGGCAGGAUGGCCACGGCCCCCGCAGCCCAGACCAGCACUCAGCCCUCAGCGGUGCCGUGGAGCUGUGGGGCUCGGGCCUGUGGCUGCCCGCUCUGGGCCUCUUCCUUCCUCCACCUAGGGGGCCGCAGCUGCUGUGUGAGGCCCUCGUUCUAGGCUCCGAUGGGAACCCCGUGGUAGAAGCUCUGUGCUUUGCCUGCCCCACCCUCAGGCUUGCUCAGGGCCUGGGACAAGAAGAGCUCUCGGUCCGGUUUUGUGAGAAAAGCCAGGAGGGGCUUCCUGGCUCCGCCCAUCCACCGAGGCUGCUGCGACUUCAUCCCACGCUGCCCGCCUCGGGUGGCACCCGGGCAGCCUCACGUGCCCAGGUGCAUGGAAAGCUGCAGGCCAGGGCCCACUGCGGGGCCUGUGUGGCCCUCAGGUGGGCGUCUCUGUCUCUCUCCUCUCUGGUGUGUGUGUGUGUGUGUGUGUGUGUGUGUGUGUGUGCGUGUGCUCUGCGUGUGUGUGUGUGUGUGUGUGUGUGUUCACACGGGCACAUCAGGGCUCCCGUCGGGAAGCGUGUCCCCGCUCGUGUGAGUGUGCCCUCCUCCAGUCCCCGUGGGGAUGUGUGGAGGCGGCGUGCCUGUCCGCUGCCCUCUCUGAGACCACAGGGUCUGUCGGUGUAUCCUCUACGUGCCUCUCCCUCCGCCCUCUCUGAAGUGCCCCGGGAUCCAGGGCCGCUUCCCCCACAGCCGGCAGCUGAGCCAGGUCCCUCCGCAGGUCCUCUGAGGGGGGUGACUCGGAGCUCGGGGCCAGGGAGCAGCUCUCCUGGGGGCACAGGGCUGGACCCCCUGCCUGGGCCGCGUCCGUUCGGGGGCUGCAGGAAUGGCCCCGUCCCGCCUGUCUGUUCUGUAAACUACAGCCUGUACAUAACAUUUAGCAUUCCUAUUGUAACAGAAUUAAUUUUUAUGAAAUAAAUUAUAUUUCCUAGUCUAA